UGUGACAUGGAAGGAUAACCACAAGUUUAGGUAUAAUGUUGUUUAUGAACCAGGUAACUCAGAAGAAACUAUUACAUGCAGUUGUCUUAGGAUGGUUCGGAAAGGGCUGCCAUGCAAACACAUUCUGUUUGUUCUCCAUCAUCUGAAUUUAACUGAAAUACCAAAGUGUUGUGUCCUUCAUCGGUUGUCCAAACAUGCAAGAGAUGGGUUGCCUGUGCAGAGGAAGAGUGAUAUGUUUGGAUGGGGUUGGUCAGGGCCAUUGGAGAGAGAACGGUAUAGUGCAAUAUCCAUUAAAACCGCACAAGCUGCUCAUGUUGCAGCAAAUGAUCCCUUCUUGUUCGAUGAGUUGAUGAAGUGUCUAGACAACAUAAUAGCACAGAAAAAGAUUUCAGAGGAGGAACUUAUAGGAAGUAGAAGGUAUGCUAUGCUGAAGAAGGAGGCAAGUCAAGUGCAACAAGUUGAGCCUGGUAUUGGUGAUCCUCAGAAAGUUUCGACGAAGGGUGCACCUAAGAAGGGGCGGUCAAAGGGGGGCCCCGGCGUUACAAAGAAUGGUAGGCCAAAAGAUUUUACAGAGAAGAAAAGUGGUCCUUUGUGCAGUUUGUGUAGUCAAGCAGGUCAUAAUAAGGCUACAUGUCAUUUGAACGAGAAGAACUGGGCGUAGGUACAGAUGCAGGUUGGUUUGUACG